CCUUGCGCGCCCGGGGGGCCCGGGUGGGGAGAGCGAGCGGGGUGCCCCCUGGAUCCCCCACCGCCGGCACCCCAUGAGCCGACCCUCGGCCCCAUGGAGCCCGGCAGUUACGCCGCCUUGGACGGGGCCAAGGAUCUGGAAGUCCUGCCGGGAGCCGGAGGGAGUCGGCAUCUAGUCGCCCACUGCCCCCCGACCGGCCACCCGGCCGUGGCGCCUACGCUGAUGCCCGCCGUCAGCCAUGCCCCCCUGGAUCUGCCAGGCUCCGCGGAGCCGCCAAAGCAGUGCCAGCCGUGCCCCGGGCUGCCCCAGGGGGCGGCCCCGGCUCCGGUGCCUUACGGCUACUUUGGAGGCGGGUACUAUUCCUGCCGGGUGUCCCGGAGCUCGCUGAAACCCUGUGCCCAGGCGGCCCCCCUAGCUGCCUACUCCGCGGAGACUGCCACGGCCGGGGAGCAGUACCCCAGCCGCCCCACCGAGUUUGCCUUCUAUCCCGGGUACCCGGGACCCUACCAGCCUAUGGCCAGUUACCUGGAUGUGUCGGUGGUGCAGACCCUGGGCGCCCCGGGGGAGCCGCGCCACGAAUCCCUGCUGCCUGUGGACAGCUACCAGCCCUGGGCUCUCACCGGUGGCUGGAACGGCCAGAUGUGUUGCCAGGGGGAACAGAACCCACCGGGUCCCUUCUGGAAGGCGGCCUUUGCAGAGUCAGGCACGCAGCACCCUCCAGACGGCUGCACCUUCCGACGUGGCCGAAAGAAGCGCAUUCCUUACAGCAAGGGGCAGUUGCGUGAGCUGGAGCGCGAGUAUUCAGCUAACAAGUUCAUCACCAAGGACAAGAGGCGCAAGAUCUCGGCAGCCACCAGCCUCUCAGAGCGCCAGAUCACCAUCUGGUUUCAGAACCGCCGGGUUAAGGAGAAGAAAGUCCUCGCCAAGGUCAAGACCAGCACUACUCCAUGAGGGAGAUCCUUGGCUAGGGAGGUGGGGGAAAAGUGGGAGUAUCCUGGGGAGACCCUCGGAGCCUGCCAGUGCCAGGACUCUGCUAAGGGGCUCCCAGAG